UAUUCGAAACUUCUCAACACCUUUGUUUUCCCACGUGUUCAUCAAAUGUAAACAAAAGUUCAAUAAUCGGCUGUUAAAGGUUGUAAAAGCAUUUAAAAAAGCCAUGUUUCUCAUGCAAAGAUAUCUGGGAAGUGAUGAUGAAGAUGCUCCAAUAUCCAACUACAGCACAGAAAAAGAAAAUGAUUCCUCAGAGAAAAACGAAAAAUCUUCAUCCCGUAAAAGGAAAAUAGUGCAUAACUCAGAGCUCUUAAAUUAUAAUUCUAAUAAUAAUAAUGAUGAUGCAGUGGAACUCGAUAGUAAAGCUAAAACAAGCAAAAGAAAUUCUUUGAGCUGUCAAAGUUUUCCUGAAAAUUCGGUUGACAAGGUAAGCGACGAGUCUGGUUCAUCUCAUAUUAGAAAAAAAAGGAAAAAAGACUUCAAUGAGGAUAGUUCAUAUAGUGAACCCAAAAAGAGCAAUGAGAAAAUAAAUAAAAAACAAAUUCAUACCAAACAAAAUUUGGACCAUGAAAAGACACUUUUUUCCUCACCAAAAAAGAAAAAGAAAGAAAAAAAUUCUGAUGAAGCUGCAGUACAUGAUGCAGUCCAUACAAAUUAUAAGGAAACUACAGAAAAAGAAGAUGGAAAAGAAAAGAACAAUUCAUCUGAUAGUAAACCAGAAUCCUCUCUUAUUAAGAAAAAACACAAAAAGAAGGAAUCUAAAAGAAAAGAACUGGAAGAGCCAAUUCAGGAAUCAAUUGAAAGCAAAGACGUAAAUAAUACAAGCAUGAAUUUUCUCCCUAUAGGUCAGAUAAAGCAAAAAGCUGAUGAAAAUAUUAAAGCCGUUCUCCCAAAAUGGCUAAGUAACCCAACAGUAAUUGAAGUGGAUUUAAAAGGAAAAGAAAUACCAAUUGCUGAACUCAAUUAUUUAGAUGAUAAUACUAAGCAGAACUUACUAAAAGCAGACAUAAAAUUUUUGUUCCCUGUUCAACUUUCUGUUAUUCCAUGGCUUUUACAAAACAAGGCAAGACAAAUAUCAAUUCCUCCUUCUGAUUUGUGUGUGUCUGCUCCUACUGGUAGUGGUAAAACUCUUGCUUUUGUUUUACCUAUUGUUCAAUCUCUUAAAAACAGACUGGUUUGUGCUGUAAGAGCACUUGUAGUUUUGCCUGUAAGUGAGCUAGCAAAACAAGUUUAUAAGGUUUUUGAAUUGUUUAUUCAAGGAACGGACUUAAAGGUCGUUUUACUCACUGGCCAAAAGUCAUUUAUAGCAGAACAAAAUGCUCUGAUCGAUAUGCGAUCACACAAAAGUCAAAGUUUAGUAGAUGUAAUUGUCACCACACCUGGUAGAAUACUUGACCACAUCAACAGGACGAAAGGUUUUACUCUUCAGUCUCUACGGUACCUCGUGAUAGAUGAAGCAGAUCGAAUGAUGGAAGAAAUACAGCAGGGUUGGUUGAAACAAAUAGAAGAUGCAGUGUACACAGAUUGUCAGAAGUCAUGCAUCUGUUUUAAUCUUGAGAAUGACAGAAUAUCAGCAAUGCCAACAACUGCUUGUGAUUUUUCAUGUGCGAAACAACCUCUGCAAAAAUUACUUUACUCGGCCACUCUCUCUCAUGAUCCCGAGAAGCUCCAUAGUCUUUCUUUAUACCGCCCAAAGUUGUUUACUGCUUUGUCAACACCUCUUGAAGUUGAAGGAAACUGGAUUGGUAAAUGCACAAUUCCUGGAAGCUUGGAGGCCUUUCACGCCAUUUGUGAGGACACCAUAAAGCCUAUGGUAUUAUGUCAUUUAAUAAAAAUGCAAAAGCAUAAGAAAGUCCUGUGUUUUACAGAUACUGUUGAACGCGCUCAAAGGUUGCAUAUAGUUUUAGAAGAAAUGGGUAUACUACAAGUUAGAGAAAUUUCCUCCUUUAAUAGACAAGUACAGCGGAAAAUUGUAUUAGGACAAUUCAGCUGUGGGACAGUAAAUGUUUUAGUUUGUUCUGACUUGGUUGCUAGAGGGAUUGAUAUUGAAGAUGUUGACUGCGUAAUUUCAUAUGAUGCUCCACAGAAUAUCAAAACCUAUGUUCAUAGAAUAGGACGAACAGCCAGAGCAGGCAAGGAUGGUACUAGUAUUACUUUGGUUUCAAGUGGAGAAUUUCCUGCAUUUAAAAAAAUGGUUUUAUCUGCAGGAAUGUCUAUACCUAAGAAAAUCAAUGUUGACUCUGAAGAUUUAAAGGAGUAUGUUUCUUCCUUCCAGAAAGCCUUGCAAGCAGCUGAUGUUAAGCUUAAAAAAAUUAAAUCUGUUGCUCAACAAAGAAAACACAAUAGAAGAAAAAAGAACUUGAAGACUUUGUAAAACAAACACUCACACACAUUAUAUAUUUUUUUUCCUCUGUGAUAUAUUUUAAAGCUAUAAAAUGUGUUUAUU